CUUCACAUCACAAGCAUUCGUCGAUAUCCUUAUCCGCUAGCAAGAUGUCGACCGUCGAGUUAAAUCCAAAACCUUUGCGGGUUUCUCCUUUCAUCAAGUUUUGUCGCUGGAGUCUGCUCCUUACUGGAAUUGCUUAUGGUGCAUAUCAUCAAAGAAGAUUGAAGAGAAAAGAAGAUGCUCGUAGAGCAGAGGAGCUGAGACUUAAACCUAUGCGUGAUGCUAAGCUAGCUGAGGAGAAGAGAUUGGCUUUAAUAGUGGAACAAAAAAUGCUUGAUGAGUGGUUCACUCCAUCCAAGGCAACAUAAACAUAAUUUGUUUGGCGUUAGUAUAUAAUAUAUAUAUAUAUAUAUGUGUAUAAUGUAUGUCACACAAGCGAAAUACUGAAUGAUUUAUAUGUAUUAUAGAAUUUGUCGACUUGCUGCUUUACAUCAUUGUCACAGUCACAGAUAAUAUGAAUUCUUUCAUUGUAUAAAAAUAAUAAAAAAAAAUCUGUAAAAAUAUAAAUUAUAUAUAACAAUCUGCAAAACAUGUAUGAAAAGUAGAGAUUUUAUGGUAAAUAUGUUCUAGUAAAACUUGAUAUAUUA